AGUUCUUGGAAUUACAGAGAGAGAAUUCCACACACUUCCUAUACGGUUGGUGAUGGAUACUAAGAUCGGAUCGGUUGAUGCGGCGGCGGAGACGACGGCCAACGGCGUCGUGGGCUGCCCGCCGGCGAAACCCUGCUGCUCCGUCGCGCCCGCCGCACCGACCACGGCGGGGCCCGCGGAUGCCACACUCGGGCGCCACAUCGCCCGCCGCCUCGUCCAGGUGGGUGCCCUCGACGUCUUCUCCGUGCCCGGCGACUUCAACCUCACCCUCCUCGAUCACCUCAUCGCCGAGCCGGGACUCCGCCUCGUGGGAUGCUGUAACGAACUCAACGCCGGGUACGCCGCUGACGGGUACGCCCGCGCCCGCGGGGUCGGCGCCUGCGUCGUGACCUUCACUGUCGGCGGGCUCAGUGUGCUCAACGCCAUCGCCGGCGCGUACAGCGAGAACCUCCCGGUUAUCUGCAUCGUAGGAGGGCCUAACUCCAACGACUACGGCACGAACCGCAUCCUCCACCACACCAUCGGCCUCUCGGACUUCAGCCAGGAGCUCCGGUGCUUCCAGACCGUCACCUGCUUCCAGGCGGUGGUGAACAACCUGGAGGACGCUCACGAGCUCAUUGAUACUGCGAUCUCCACCGCUCUCAAGGAGAGCAAGCCCGUCUAUAUCAGUAUCGGCUGCAAUCUCCCCGGCAUUCCUCAUCCCACCUUCAGUCGUGAACCCGUGCCGUUCUUCCUCUCCCCCAGAAUAAGCAAUCAGAUGGGUAUGGAGGCUGCGGUCGAGGCCACGGCACAGUUCUUGAACAAGGCCGUGAAGCCGGUCUUGGUGGGCGGCCCCAAAAUCCGGGUCGCCAAGGCCGGGAAGGCCUUCGUGGAACUCGCUGACGCCUGCGGGUAUCCCAUCGCCGUGAUGCCGUCGGCCAAGGGUCUCGUGCCGGAGCACCACCCUAGGUUCAUCGGCACCUACUGGGGCGCCGUGAGCACCGCCUUCUGUGCUGAGAUUGUGGAGUCGGCCGACGCCUACCUCUUUGCGGGCCCAAUCUUCAACGACUACAGCUCGGUCGGCUACUCCCUCCUCCUAAAGAAAGAGAAGGCCAUCGUCGUCCAGCCUGAGCGGGUGGUGGUCGCAAAUGGGCCGGCGUUUGGGUGCAUUCUCAUGAAAGACUUCCUCCAGGCGCUCGCGAAAAGGCUCAAGAUGAACACAACUGCAUGCGAGAACUACCGCAGGAUCUUUGUACCUGAGGGGCAGCCAUUGGAGUGCCAGCCCAAGGAGCCUUUGAGGGUCAAUGUGCUCUUCAAGCACAUUCAGAAGAUGCUGUCGGAGAAGACCGCGGUGAUCGCCGAGACAGGGGACUCGUGGUUCAACUGCCAGAAGCUGAAACUGCCGGAUGGCUGUGGAUAUGAGUUCCAAAUGCAGUAUGGAUCGAUCGGUUGGUCCGUCGGGGCGACUCUGGGAUAUGCUCAGGCCGCAAAAGAUAAGCGUGUGAUCGCUUGCAUUGGCGAUGGUAGCUUCCAGGUCACGGCCCAGGAUGUGUCGACGAUGCUGAGGAGCGGCCAGAACAGCAUCAUUUUCCUUAUAAACAAUGGUGGGUACACCAUUGAGGUUGAGAUCCAUGACGGUCCUUACAAUGUCAUCAAGAACUGGAACUACACUGGUUUUGUGGAUGCCAUCCACAAUGGAGAGGGCAAUUGCUGGACCACAAAGGUAACAUGCGAGGAGGAGCUGAAGGAGGCAAUUGAGAAGGUGAUGGGACCGAAGAAGGAUUGCCUGUGUUUCAUAGAGGUGAUAGUGCACAAGGAUGAUACCAGCAAAGAGCUUCUCGAGUGGGGCUCCAGGGUUUCAGCUGCCAACAGCAGGCCACCAAACCCUCAGUGAUCUUAUGUGAAAUAGUCUGAAUAAUGUAGCUACUUUUGACAGUCCCUUUAGUUACUGAGAUAGUUUCUCUUUUAAUAACACUAUUGCGAAUACCGAUCUUUCAUCUUAUCGA